UCCUCAGCUGUUUAGAUUUCUUGUUUGACGUUAAUUAUUUCAAUGUUGCCGCGUACUUUUAACGCAAUCGUUUCUAUAUCGUUUUUUUCACUGUGGAAAUAACGAACUUUCGUCAUGGUGCUAAACGAAGUGGAUAAAUUUCUCCACGAGCUAGAGAAAGCCGAAUUGGAGGCGCCUGGCGGAGUCGCGACAGCACAGACGUAUGCUCAAUUAUUAGCCGUAUAUCUUUAUCAAAAUGAUCUAUGCAACGCUAAGUACCUGUGGAAGCGGAUACCGGCGGACCUGAAAAGCGGAAGUGCGGAACUCGGCCAGAUAUGGGUGGUAGGUCAGCGCAUGUGGCAGAGGGACUGGCCUGCGGUUCACGUCGCCCUUAACGAAGAAUGGAGCGAGGAUGUUUCUGAUAUCAUGGCAGCUUUGAAAGACAACGUUCGAGAAAGGGCCAUCAGCUUAAUAUCCAAGGCUUACUCGUCGCUGAAAUUAACCGUGUUCGCAUCGAUGACCGGUUUGCCGUUGGAAGAAGCUUGUCGAGUCGCCGUCGAAAGAGGCUGGACGGUGGAAGGAACAAUGGUGCAGCCGUGUAAAAUGAAAGAAGAGACCAAUCUCGCGAGCGAGGUCUGCCUUACCGAGGAUCAGCUGUACAAACUCACGCAAUUCGUGUCUUUCUUGGAGAACUGAAGGAGCAGCUAGAGGGUCGUCAAUGACGAGAAGCGCACGCACCACGAAGACCCAAUCGACAGUACUUUAAACUUAGUUUUACCUCGUAAUCGUAUUAUAUAAAGGAGGAAGUGUGCUUCAAAGGAGGCACCUGUGUCCCUUCCCUAAGUAUAUACCUCGGUCUACCUACGCGUCCUGCCCAUUCAAUCGGAAGAUCCAUUCGACGAAGCUCGCUGCAAGCGUGGAGUCAACAACUCGAUUAAUCAAUAACCUGCUGCUGCGUGCGGGGAAACUGGCAUUUUCUAGAAGAGCUGCCACUUCUACAACGAAGGAACGAAAGAAAAAGAAACAAAACAAAACGGGUGAGAGAAAGGGAGAGAGAGAGAGAGA